AUGAGUUUUGAAAACCCUAGCCUGAAAUCUUCUGUUUAUCUGGAUAACAUGGAGGAGAUUAGGAAGGUUUUCAAGAGAUUUGAUGCUAAUGGCGAUGACAAGCUCUCUUCCACUGAGCUCGGUAAUGUUCUCAACGCCCUUGGCUCUGAGACUUCACCAGAUGAGAUCAAACGGAUGAUGGUUGAGAUUGAUACUGAUGGUGAUGGCUUCAUCGAUCUCCAAGAGUUCGCUGAUUUUCACCGUGGAGUUAACAACGGAGAUGCGAGGAGUACUGCUGAUGGAAUCAGGGAAUUAAAAGAUGCUUUUAAUCUGUUUGAUCGGGACAAGAACGGUUUGAUAUCGGUGACGGAGCUUCACAUGAUUUUGAAGAACUUGGGCGAGAACUGCUCCCUCCACGACUGCUCCAAGAUGAUUAGCUCCGUUGAUGCCGAUGGUGAUAGCAACGUUAACUUUGAGGAGUUCAAGAAGAUGAUGAUGACUAACAGCAGAGCUUCCUCUCAUUAGACUUGAAUCUGUAAAUCCU